UGUGCUUCUAAGAGUCUCACUCAAUAAGUAUCCCCGUAACGUGGUUGAGUUACGCAGACAUAAUUUAAGAUUAUCUACUUGGGUUUCCCAAAGCUUUGUUCGAUCAUUGGGUAGUUGUUUUAUUAUCAAUUAAUUACUAUUGUUACUUUGGAACUUGUUGAAGAUGGUCUCCCUAAGGGUAAUGUUGGUUUUCUGUGGUGCAUUAAUUAUCUGCAACGCAAAUUCAAACUGCCCAAAAAUUAAAACUCGUAGCAAAUGGGGAGGGAAAACAGCGAUCUCUAUUGAAUACCAAAAUAUCCCGGUGCAAUACGUGAUUAUUCACCACACGGUCACAAGCAAAUGUGGCACUUUCGCGACGUGUUCUCAGCAAGUUGCAAACAUACAACACUAUCAUAUGCAUGAUUUAGGCUGGUCUGAUAUCGGACUAAACUUCUUGAUAGGAAAUGAUGGUAACGUCUACGAAGGUGCCGGUUGGAACAAAGUUGGAGCGCAUACCUUGGGCUAUAACAGGAAAUCUAUUGGGAUCGCAUUUAUUGGGGACUUCAGCGAUGAGUUGCCAUCUGAGAAAGCAUUGCAGGCCGCGAAAUCACUUCUCGCUUGUGGGGUAAGCAAUGGGUAUUUAGCUAGAAACUAUCGACUGUUGGGUGCACGCCAGGUAAUAAGCACAGAGAGCCCCGGACUGGAGUUGUAUGGUGAAAUACAGGACUGGGACAAUUGGGUCCCUAAACCGUGAAAUAAUUCUAAAGAAUUCUGGGAAAAUAUUUUAAAUCUACGCGACUUAAUAAAAAUAAAGCAGUUAAAUAACAGACAAACUAUU